ACAAGGUUAUUCUUACAAACAAUAAUAGUUCCGUAUCUAACUCAAAUAGUUUUUGUUUGUGGAGUUUAAUAGACGUUCUUAUCGACAAAUUGUCAUGUUUUAUAGUAACUAAUCAGUAGGCAUCUAUUACAUUGAAAAUACUUUUUUAAAGCUUUUUGUUAUGUCCAAAUUGGAUUAAGAAAUUGUGUCAUUGAUAUAUUUUAUCAAGGGUUCUGUAGAACAAAUCCGCCGCUGGCCUUCAGCCAAUCUAUAUUAACUAGAUUUCGCGGUCGCUCAGCUUCCUUUUCGGUGUCAAAAUCAAAUUAUGUGAGAUUGCCCAUAAAGAAACCACCCAACUAUUCGUAGGUUAAUUGGCAAAGUGUUAAUUGAGUUUUGGAGCAUUUUCGCCAACCGGUUUGAAAGAGUAACUCUAAAAGCAGAGCAGGCAUUUCGUUGUCUAUUCUAGUUUUGAGAACUAUGCCAAAAAACGUAAAAUGUAUCUCUCUAAGUCGGUGGCACUGAAGCAGUUCCAGCCAGACUAUGGAUGACGAAGACAAGAAGGACGAGGAGGAGGAGGUGGGGCGGAAUGUCGGCACAUAUCCGGAUCGCAGAAUCUCCGAUGAGGCGCUGCAGGAACGGGAGCAGCGCUCAAUCGUCUAUACGGACAGAAUUGUCGUUUCCCAGGGCACGGACACCAAGGACGAUCCAUUUCCUCCGCGGACGAGAAAGAAGAAAAAGAUUCCGCCAGCGGUGCCGGCGAGGAAGCAUUUGGGCGACAAUGAAUCCCAAACGGAUGCAGGAAGUGCCGACAGUGCGGCAAGUGCGCCCAGAUCUCGACCCUCUUUCAGAUCCGCCAGCGCUGAACCGCCCUCCAGCUCCCGAUCCUCGCGCAGGACACUCGAAACGCGUUCCUUGGAUCGGGAUGGGUUCUCCUCCCAAGAGGGUGGUAAAACAAAGGAAAGUAAGAAAGGUUUGGGUCGCCACAUGGACUAUGAUACGGAAGAGGUUUUGAAUCAGGGAGAUGACGAGGAGGACGGGGACAGGGAGUCCCUUUCGGGGGGCACCUCCUUCCACUGGCGCAUGUCGCAGUCCUCACUUGAUGUGGAAUCCUUGGAUGGCUGUGCUUCCGGGCUGACGGGCUUCAUUGUGACGGCCUUGGCCAUGGGUCUGCUGAUCAUGAUAUCCUGGUUCAUCAUCUCGCAAUUGGAUUUCAUACUGAUGGUGGUCACUUGGUCGGCCAAGGCUUUCGAGGAGUCCCUGCUCAUAUUUAAUGAGGACAAGGAACGUCCUCGGGUGGAGAAGCCGCGUAUGGAGAAUCAGGAGUUUGCGUGAUGAAAGAUUUCUCUGAUUCAUUCCCCGGGCAAACAUGUAUGCUUUUCAACUUUAUCUAGGCCUGUUUUUAGCUGCUUAAAGGUUGUCUGCCACUGGUCUUAUCUUUAGACCACCCCUUUUGGCUGUUUGGCUGACUCAUCCGAUGGCCACCGAGUAGAGUAGGGGGUUUAUCUAAACAGUUAUCACUGCUGCACUUGUUGUUGUUGUUAUUGGCGGGGUGUUUUUAUUUCCAUUAAGCCAAAGAUAACUCAUACUUUACUAUAUUUAUUUUAAUAC